AAUUGUGGAUAUAAAAACGCAACUUUGGAAUUACCAAAACCAUUCGAUUCCAGAUCAACAAUGAAUAAACUAGUAGCCUUGUGUUUCCUUCUUGGAGCUUUCGCUGUUGCGAAUGGGGAGAACCGCAUCGUUGGUGGUUCUGAAGCCAGCGAAGGCGAGUUUCCCUUCAUGGUUUCCAUCCGACAAGGAUUGGGUCACGUCUGCGGAGGUUCCAUCCUUGAUGAAUAUACAAUCCUGACAGCAGCUCACUGCGUUUUCGGUCGCCCAGCGUACGAACUGAACAUCAUCGCCGGAUCCUUGGAAUGGGCGAACGGUGGACAAGAGCACAAAGUCUGGCACUACGUAAUCCAUCAAGCGUACCAUCCGAUCACCCUGCAAAACGACGUCUGCAUCAUGAAGCUGGAAACACCGAUCGUCUUCGACCACAACAUCCAACCGGCCGUCUUGGCCUCAUCCCCGACUCCGGCAAACCAAAACCUUAUCCUUCCAGGCUGGGGAUUCACCAGUUACCCAGGAACCGUGUCCGACGUGUUGCUGUUCUUCCACUUGAGAAGCAUGAGCUACGACGACUGCAAAGCGUUGGAGAUGGACAGGGAGAUUGUCAAGGAUAUGCAUUUGUGCGCUUACGCUGGACACGGCCAAGGUGCUUGCCACGGUGACUCCGGAGGUCCUCUGGUCGACACCUACGGACAACAGGUGGGAAUUGUCUCUUGGGCAAUGAGAACCUGCGCCAGGGGAUUCCCAGAUAUUUACACGGACGUCUCCACAUAUUACCAAUGGAUUCAAUCUCACCGUCACUAAACAACUAAAAUGUCCUUGAUGUACAAUCAAAGAAUCUUGACUUAGAAAAUCCACAAUUAUUAUCCUAAAAUUACAAAUAAAUAACAACAAUAGUUUGUAACAAGACAUAUUAAUAUAAUAAAUUGCAAAAC